CUGUUUUUCAUUGACGCCUGUUGGGAUCCUCUGUAUUCGGGGUUGCAUGUGCUAUAAUAUUAAAAACACAAUUUUCUAUGAUCACUUUUCUGAUCUAUGACUCAGUUCGAAGUAUCAACAUGUAUUUGAAUUCAUUUGGGUACUUUCAGUGUUUUCUCUUUUUCAUCUGGGUAUGUUCGUAGCGCUGUGAGUACUGGGAAGUUAUAUAUAUUCUAGGCUGUGAUACUGAGAUUCAGAGAUAAAUGGCAUCACUGGUGGCCGGUGCUAGCAGUCGAACAACUCCUUCGGUGUCUGUCCAAGAAAAAGGGAGCAGGAAUAAGAGAAAAUUCAGGGCUGAUCCACCUUUAGGAGAGCCAAAUAAGGGUAUUCCUUCAGCUCAACAUGAAAGCCUAAGUUAUGAAUUCUCUGCUGAAAAGUUUGAAAUAACCCCAGGUCUUGGGCAAGUUAGUACUUCUGACAUGUGCAGUGUAAACCAAGAUCAUUCUGAUGGAUUGAAGCUUGGCCUUGGAUUGUCAAGUUCUGUAGUUUCAUCCGAGUUCAGACUCAGCCAACCUAAGGAGGAAUCCGAGGUGGAUGAUGAAUUCCAUGACGCUGAUUGGAGUGAUCUCACUGAAGCUGAAUUGGAAGAACUUCUCAUGAGCAGUUUGAAUAUUAUUUUCAGGAGUGCAAUUAAAAAAAUUGUUGGAUGUGGAUACACCGAAGACGUAGCUACAAAGGCCAUCUUAAGGUCGGGCAUCUGUUAUGGAUGCAAAGAUGCUGUUUCUAAUGUAGUUGAUAAUGGUUUAGCGUUUCUUAGAAAUGGCCAAGAGGAUCCUUCAAGAGAGCAUUAUUUUGAAGAUUUAAUGCAGCUAGAGAAGUAUAUUUUGGCUGAGUUGGUUUGUGUUCUUCGAGAGGUUAGGCCGUUCUAUAGUAUCGGGGAUGCAAUGUGGGCUUUGCUAAUUUCUGACAUGAACGUGUCACAUGCUUGUGCAAUUGACGGUGACCCUUCAAAUAGUUUUGGUAGUGAUGGCUGCUCUUCUGUUCAAACUGAAUCACAAUCAAAAUUAGAAUCAAAAAGUCUUGAAUUGAGUCUUCCAAGUCCUUGUAAAUCAGCCCCCUCAGGUUCUCAACCUGAGAAGUCCUCUGUGGCAGGACAUACUGUUUUGGACAACGCAAAGAAUUCUCAAAUUCCUGGACUAUCGGGGAAAGAGGUUACUAAUUCUGUGCGUGAUUCUAUUGAUAAAUCAUCUAGUACAUCUGGGACACCUCAAUCUCCUUUUGUGGAAGAAAGGUGUGGAAGUGUUAGAAAGGUCCAUUCCAGUGGCACAAAGAGAGAAUAUAUUUUUCGACAGAAGUCAUUCCAUGUGGAAAAAGGUUAUCGAACAUAUGGGUCUAAAGGGUCAUUGAGAGGUGGAAGACUGAAUGGCUUGAAUGGAUUAAUCUUGGAUAAAAAACUUAAGUCUGUAUCAGAAUCUACUACGAUAAACUUAAAGAGUGCAUCCUUAAACAUAAGUAAGGCAAUGGGAGUUGAUGCAACACAUGAUAAUUUGAAUGCUGUUUUUUCAUCUAACGAUGUGCCAUCUACCCCCACUGCAUUUAGCUUGGAUUCCAGUGACACCACAUCUCAGUCAAGAGAUACUUCAUCUUUGGUGCAUGAAGAAAAUUCUAUACUUGCUGUUGGUAACCCAAAUGCAUUACCAGCUAUGGAUACUGAUCUUUCUCUUUCUUUGUCUUCAAAAAGUAAGUAUCCUGUUACAUCUAUCUGCUGCGAUAAUGAGGCAACCAAUAGUAGUUGUGUAGGGAUACCAUGCGACAAGCCCCUGGGACAGUGGUUACCCCAAGAUAGAAAGGAUGAAAUGAUUUUGAAGCUAGUUCCAAGGGUUCAGGAGCUGCAGAACCAUCUUCAAGAAUGGACAGAGUGGGCAAAUCAGAAGGUUAUGCAGGCUGCUCGGCGGCUGAGCAAGGACAAGGCUGAGCUUAAGACACUAAGACAAGAGAAAGAUGAAGUUGAACGGCUUAGAAAAGAAAAACAAUCAUUAGAGGAAAACACUAUGAAAAAGAUUUCAGAGAUGGAAAAUGCCUUGUGUAAAGCAAGUUCUCAGGUAGAACGAACUAAUGCAGAUGUCCGUAAACUUGAGGUAGAGAAUGCUGUGCUGAGGAAAGAGAUGGAGGCUGCUAGGUUACGUGCAGCAGAAUCAGCCACAAGCUGUCAAGAGGUCUCAAGGAGGGAAAAGAAGACCCAAAUGAAGUUUCAAUCAUGGGAGAAGCAGAAAUCCUUGUUUCAGGAAGAGUUAAUGGCUGAAAAACACAAAUUAGCUCAGUUUCAGCAAGAAUUAGGGCAAGCUAAAGCACAACAGGAUCAAGUUGAGGCUAGGUGGCAGCAGGUAGCAAAGGCAAAAGAGGAACUCCUUUUACAGGCCAGUUCUAUAAGAAAAGAAAGGGAACAAAUUGAAGAAUCAGCAAAAUCAAAAGAGGAUAUGAUUAAACUGAAAGCAGAGGAGAAUCUGCAGAGGUACAGAGAUGACAUCCAGAAACUCGAAAAAGAAAUUGCACAACUUAGACAGAAGACUGACUCUUCCAAAAUUGCUGCACUGAGAAGGGGAAUUGAUGGAAACUACGCGAGCAGCCGUGUGGAAAAUGGCUCUGUUCUGGAAGAAUCAAGGGCCACUUUUAUCUCAGAACUUGCUACAAGCUUAAAUGAGUACUCUUUGACCGGGGGUGUUAAACGGGAAAGAGAAUGUGUGAUGUGUCUAUCUGAAGAGAUGUCUGUUGUAUUCCUCCCGUGUGCUCAUCAGGUUGUUUGCACAACCUGCAAUGAGCUCCAUGAGAAACAAGGUAUGCAAGACUGUCCAUCUUGCAGGAGCCCAAUCCACAAGCGUAUUUCUGUUCGUUUUGCCCAUAUAUAAUUAUUUACUUGGAUGAAGUGAGUGUUUUGAAUAAUGUCCGUGAGACGCUCUUGAAAAGAAUAAUGCAUUCAGAUCAUGCAUUUCGAGUUCAGAUACAUUAAGUUGCUUUCAAUGCCAAGGUUGAUUCUUCUGUUACGACUUCCUUUAAUAUGUUGUCCAGUUUUAUUUGAAGCUCUGUUCUCUCAUCAAGCUACAGUUGUCUUUCUCCUUUAAAUGAAUGCUCAGCUCCUGAUUACAUGUAUAAUCUUUUGGCUCGGAAAAAAGUUGAAAAUGUUUGAACACUAGCUUUGAUCCAACAA